AUGUUUGCUGCUUCUGCAUCCAGAAUCGCCUCAAGGCUCCAAAACAUUCAGCAAGUUAGAAAUAUGACUGUCUUAUCAGGACCUCCACAAGUUAAGAUUUCAACUGGUGAAAAACUUAUUCACGCUCUGGCUUUAUCAGCUGGUAUUUUGGCCAUCCCUGGCUGGGUUCUAGUUAACAUUAAGCACUACAGAGGACUAUAA